AUCAUCUUCACGUGCUGGACAAGGACUUUGGAUUUGAUUCAAGUUCAUUUGACGAGCUCAGGUUUUGCCCCUCAGAACUUUAAACGUAUCGACGGCGACUGUCCUACAGCCAAACGAGAGAAGAUUCUCGAGAAUUUUGCGAACGACUUCAACCUCCGUGUUCUUAUAAUGACCACGGGUACCGGAGCCUGGAACCCAUCUGUUGAAAACCAAGCGAUCGCUCGUGCCCUUCGCCUCGGCCAGAAAUACCCCGUGCUUGUCACUCGAUAUGUUGUCGAAUCUUCUGUCGAGAAGGUC